GCUUACGGUGGCGGGAGUUGGAGGCAAUAACUAGUCGUGUUCUAAGGGACGCCACAUAAGAUUUCUGCUGAAUCUGGGGGCAUUUCCACGGCUUUUCUCUCAGUUGAAAGUUUUCCUCCGGCCCAGAUGCUCUUCAAUUCGGUACUCCGCCAGCCCCAGUUUGGCGUCCCGAGAAAUGGAUGGUCUUCACAAUACCCUCUACAGUCCCUUCUUACUGGUUAUCAGUGCAACUAUAAUGAUGAGCACACUUCUUAUGGAGAAACAGGAGCCCCAGUUCCUCCUUUUGGAUGCACCUUCUCUUCUGCUCCCAAUAUGGAGCAUAUACUAGCAGUUGCCAAUGAAGAAGGCUUCGUUAGGUUAUAUAACACAGAAUCACAAACCAGUAGAAGGAAGUGCGUCAAAGAAUGGAUGGCUCACUGGAAUGCUGUCUUUGACCUGGCCUGGGUCCCUGGUGAAUUUAAGCUUGUUACAGCAGCAGGUGAUCAAACAGCCAAAUUUUGGGAUGUAAAAGCUGGUGAGCUGAUUGGAACAUGCAAAGGUCAUCAGUGCAGCCUCAAGUCAGUUGCCUUUUCUAAGUUUGAGAAAGCUGUCUUCUGUACAGGUGGAAGAGAUGGCAACAUUAUGGUCUGGGACACCAGGUGCAACAAAAAAGAUGGAUUUUAUAGGCAAGUGAAUCAAAUCAGUGGAGCUCACAAUACCUUAGACAAGCAAACCCCUUCAAAACCUAAGAAGAAACAGAAUUCAAAAGGGCUUGCUCCUUCUGUGGAUUUCCAGCAGAGUGUUACUGUGGUCCUCUUUCAAGAUGAGAAUACAUUAGUCUCAGCAGGAGCCGUGGAUGGGGUAAUCAAAAUAUGGGAUUUACGUAAGAAUUAUACUGCUUAUCGGCAAGAACCCAUAGCAUCCAAGUCUUUCCUGUACCCAGGUAGCAGCACUCGAAAACUAGGAUACUCAAGUCUGAUUUUGGAUUCUACUGGCUCUACUUUAUUUGCUAACUGCACAGAUGACAACAUCUACAUGUUCAAUAUGACUGGAUUAAAGACUUCUCCAGUGGCUAUCUUCAAUGGACAUCAGAACUCUACCUUUUAUGUUAAGUCCAGUAUUAGUCCAGAUGACCAGUUUUUAGUCAGUGGCUCAAGUGAUGAAGCUGCCUACAUCUGGAAGGUCUCCAUACCCUGGCAUCCUCCUACUGUGCUCCUGGGUCAUUCUCAAGAGGUCACAUCUGUGUGCUGGUGUCCAUCAGACUUCACAAAGAUUGCUACCUGCUCUGAUGACAAUACACUGAAAGUCUGGCGCUUGAAUAGAGACUUAGAAGAGAAAUCAGGAGGAGAUAAACUCUCCAUAGUGGGCUGGGCCUCUCAGAAGAAGAGAGAGGUGAGAGCCGACCUAGUAACAGUGACAAGUAGCCAGAGUACUCCUGCCAAAGCCCCCAGAGUAAAGAGCAGUCCAUGCAUUUCCUCCCCAUCAUCAGCAGCUUGUGCUCCAAGCUGUGCUGGAGACCUCCCUCUUCCUUCAAAUACUGCCACAUUCUCUCUUAAAACCCCUCCUGCCAAGACCCGAUCUUCCAUCAGCAGAAGAGGCUCCAUGUCCUCUGUCUCUCCCAAGCCACCCUCAUCUUUCAAGAUGUCCAUUAGGAACUGGAUGACCCGGACACCUUCCUUAUCACCACCCAUGACUCCACCUGCUUCUGAGACCAAGAUCAUGUCUCCAAGAAAAGCCCUUAUACCUGUGAGCCUGAAAUCAUCCCAAGCAGUGGCUUGCUCUGAGUCUAGAAAUAGAGUAAAGAGGAGGCUAGACUCAAGUUGUCUGGAGAAUGUGAAACAAAAGUGUGUAAAGAGUUGCAACUGUGUGACUGAGCUUGAUGACCCAGUUGAAAAGCUUCAUUUGGAUCUGUGCUGCCUUGCUGGUAACCAGGAAGACCUUGGUAAGGACUCUCUAGGUCCUACCAAACCAAGCAAGAUUGAAGGGACUAGUAUGAGUGUCACAGAGCCUCCUUCUCCUGCCAGUCCUUAUGCUUCAGAAGGCUGUGGAACGCUACCUCUUCCUUUGGGAUCUUGUGGAGAAGGCUCUGAAGUGGUAGGCAAAGAGAAUAGCUCCCCAGAGAAUAAAAACUGGUUAUUGGCCAUGGCAGCCAAACGGAAGGCUGAGAAUUCGUCUCCACGAAGUCCAUCAUCCCAAACCCCCAACCCUAGGAGGCAGAGUGGAAAGACUUCUCCAGGCCCGAUAAUUUCAGAAACAGAUAUUGCUGGCAGAAAUAGCUUUGUGAACCUUGAAAACCAAGUGACUCAUGGUGGAGGCAGAAGUAGCUGUGAGCAUUGGGUCACCAUUACUCCCAGCUCCAUGCGGAAAAUCUGUACAUAUUUCCAUAGAAAGUCCCAAGAUGGCUACUGUAGUCCAGAACAGUCAACAGAAUUAUAGAUUCUCAUCUGAAAAGCUACCGUUUUUUCCUUUUUAGAGAAAAUCCUUUCAACUCCGAAAUUUACCUAGCCUGGUUCUACUGCCAUGGUGUACCGUGCAGCUUCCUCGGAAUGAAUGCUGUGUUUAAAUUUCAUAAAGUAAGUUUGUCACUGUGUAACAUUUUGAAUGAGUAGUCUUUACUUUUUAAAUUAUGCAUCCUCCCUACAAUAAUGACAUCCUAUGUCAUAGAGGCAAAAAAACAAGUGUUGUCUCUCUUACUCUGAAACUUUCUGGGCACAGUGGAAAGUAUCUGCAGGCCACAGCAGGAGGCCUGUCUGUGAAGGUCAGCUGCUGAAGAGGACCCUGGGUCUCUGCUGCUUCCAACAAAUACAGUUUCAUAUAAAAUAUAUAUAAUCUUUUCACUACAUUUUUGUGGGGUUUUUUAAGUAUGUGGUAAAAUGUGAUGUUUAGAUAAGCAAAUUUAUAUUGAUUCAGUGUUAAAAUACAAUCUCAAGUUAAAAUCAUCUUUAUUUUAAAAGCAGUGAUAAAUAUCAGCUCGUUGGAGAACACUAGAAAUGUUUGUCUUUUUUUCCCCCGUAUAUAUCUCCCACAUGAGAUCUAAGGUUCUCAUAUUUUUACCAAGCAGUCUACUAUGUUUCCAACCCAACAUCACGUUCUAGAAAAGGUUAUAGUUUUUGCCAUUUACUGGAGGAAGAUGUUUAUAGAAUCAGUAGUCACUGAAACUGGAGUUUGAAUUCAGUCUUCAGUUCUCUAGGGGCUGCUACUUUUUUAAAAAAGAAGUCAUCAGAUUUUAAGAAAAAGUAAUGAUUUUUAUUGAUAUUUUUAUAAAAGUAGGUAGUUCUUAACUGAAAAUCCAGAACCUAAAGAGUAAAUCUUGACUUUAACUUGAUUUUUUGGAUUCUCUUUAUAUACGAAAAAGCAAUGAUCUUCUAGUAGAGCCCUGAGCCAAACAUCAUAGAAUUUUCUCUAGGUAUUUAAUAGAGAGAGUGUACAGACUGACUCUCAGUUAAUAGUGUGCAAAAUAUCUUGAGUAUCCCUUACCUUAACAGUUACGUAUCAAUCAGCUUCAAAUGAACCAUUGUUUUAUAUUUUAGCCCUUUGUAACCUUAUAGAAACAAGCUCCGUGUACUUCCAUGUACUAUGUCCUUGGAAGGGAGUCCUCUUCCAGCCAUGAAACUUGAUUCAUUUUAUCCACAUCCCUGAGGACUGUGUAGACUUUAUUCAUACUCUUGUCAUCAUUUUAAAAUCUAUUCUUAAUGAUAACUCUUUAAUUCCUUUGAUUCUUAUAAAUGAAGGUGUAACAACAAGAACUGCAUGGGUCAGUUAGCAUGGGUUCUCCUGGUUUUAUCCAAGGAGAAAGGUAAAUAAAGGAAAGCCACAGAAAUGCUAUUUUCGAAACAAAGUAUGCCGUAGCAUUAAUUGAAUAUUUAAGAACUCUACUUAUAUUUGAUGUUUGAUUUUUGUGUGUUUGUGGGAAGGUGUUAUUUAUGACCAAUACCUGCCAAUAAUGCAAUCUAUCUUUCUUGAUUUGAAAGCCAGUGGGGAAAAGGAUCCAUGAAAAAGAGAACUGAAGUAGGUGGUUUUCUUCUUUGUAUCCCUGCUCAUCUGACAGUUUCUGCUGAGUAAAAUUGGGGAUAAAUGUGGCUGUCAGAAACUGUGCUGAGAGUCUACUGAGUGUAACAUUCCCACUUGGAAAACUAGUACUUCAAAUGGGUGCCAAAGGUCAAAUGUAAUGAGAUAAUAAUUAUCCCUGCUUGUGUCAGUGUCAGACUUUGAGCUGCUCCUGAAUAAUAAAGCCUUUUACCUUAUCUGA